GCUGAGCUUGAAUGAAGGGAGACCACGGUGACAGGACAGCGGGACAAACACGGAAGGAGCCGAAGAGCGCGGUGCGGCGGCGGCACUGUAGAGCUGCCACGCGGGGGGCAGCCGCAAGUGAAUCGAACAGCGGAACCCAAGUGCCCAAUCAACCAAUCCAUCGCCCUCUCCAGAAGCGAAGAGAAGAGAGCAGAGCAGGGCAGACCGAGGAAGACACCCCUGCGCCUGAGCCAUCACCAUCUCCACCUGCAGACUGCAGCAGUGCAGCGCGUCCUGCCCUCCCGCCACGUCGUCCCCCUCCCCCGCUUUCAAACCUUCCCUCCAUCUUCGUCGCCACCCCACCUCCCUCGCCUCCUAUAAAUCCCUGCCCCAAUCAAUCUCACCGGAAACCCAGAUCACCUCACCUCCUUACUCCAGGACUCGCCAGGUCCCAUCACCAGCUCACCAUUCACAAUCACAUUGCAAGCUCAGCUCCCGAUCACCAGUACGCUCGAUCGAGCUUUGCUCCGAUCAGGCAACUCUGUGCUCAGGUAGCUCCGCCGAUCCGAUCACGGUCCCGAGCUAGUUUCUGACCGAUUCGUUUCUUCCGCACCGCAAUGGCGUCGUCAAUCCCUGCUCCACCGGCCGCCACGGCCACCGUCGCGCCGCCGCCGUCGUCCAAGAAGCCGUCGCAGCUCAACCCCAGCCCCACCAAGAACAAGAACACGAUCGCCGCGAGGCCAAUGCGCGCGACCCCGGCGCGGCGAGAGGGCCCCAAGUGGAACCCGCUCCAGCGCCUCGCCGCGGCGGCGCUGGACGCGGUAGAGGACGGGCUCGUCGCCGGUCUGCUGGAGCGCGCGCACCCGCUCCCUCGCACCGCCGACCCGGCCGUGCAGAUCGCGGGGAACUACGGUCCCGUCCCGGAGCAAGCCCCGCGCGGGGAGCUCCCCGUCACCGGCCGCAUCCCGCCGUUCAUGGACGGCGUGUACGUCCGCAACGGCGCCAACCCGCUCCACGCGCCGCGGGCCGGGCACCACCUCUUUGACGGCGACGGGAUGCUGCACGCCGUGCGGCUCCGCGGCGGGCGCGCGGAGUCGUACGCGUGCCGGUUCACGGAGACAGCGCGGCUGCGGCAAGAGCGCGACAUCGGGCGGGCCGUAUUCCCCAAGGCCAUCGGCGAGCUCCACGGUCACUCGGGCAUCGCUCGGCUCCUCCUCUUCGGCGCGCGCUCCCUCUGCGGCGUGCUCGACGCGUCACAGGGGAUCGGGGUCGCCAACGCCGGGCUAGUGUACCAUAACAACCGCCUCCUCGCCAUGUCCGAGGACGACCUCCCGUACCACGUGCGUGUCACCGCCGACGGCGACCUCGAGACCGUCGGGCGGUAUGACUUCGGCGGGCAGCUCGACGGCGCCAUGAUCGCGCACCCCAAGCUCGACCCGGCCACCGGCGAGCUCUUCGCGCUCAGCUACAAUGUGGUCUCCAAGCCGUACCUCAAGUACUUCUACUUCACCGCCGACGGCCGCAAGUCCCCCGACGUCAACAUCCCCGUCGACGCGCCGACGAUGAUCCACGACUUCGCCGUCACCGAGAACCACGCCAUCAUCCCGGACCAGCAGAUCGUCUUCAAGCUCCAGGAGAUGGUGCUCGGCGGCUCCCCGGUCGUGUACGACAAGAACAAGACAGCUCGGUUCGGGGUGCUUCCAAAGCGCGCCACCGACACGUCGGAGCUCCGGUGGGUAGAGGUCCCCGACUGCUUCUGCUUCCACCUCUGGAACGCGUGGGAGGACGAGGCCACCGGCGAGAUCGUGGUGAUCGGAUCCUGCAUGACCCCGCCGGACGCCGUGUUCAACGAGUCCUCCGAGGAGAGCUUCCGCAGCGUGCUAUCGGAGAUCCGGCUCGACCCGAGCACCGGCACGUCCCGCCGGUGGCCUAUCCUGCGCGAGUCCGAUCAGGUGAACCUCGAGGCCGGCAUGGUGAACCGGCAGCUGUUGGGCAAGAAAACGCGGUACGCCUACCUUGCCAUCGCCGAGCCGUGGCCCAAGGUAUCCGGCUUCGCCAAGGUGGACCUCGAGGCCGGCACGGUCGAGAAGUUCAUCUACGGCGAAGGCCGGUACGGCGGCGAGCCCUGCUUCGUGCCGCGCCCGGACGGGUCCACGGAGGACGACGGGUACGUGCUGUGCUACGUGCACGACGAGGAGGUCGGCGGGUCGGAGAUGCUCAUCGUGAACGCCGGUGACAUGCGGGAGGAGGCCGCCGUGAAGCUGCCGGGGCGCGUGCCGUACGGCUUCCACGGCACGUUCAUCGGCGCCAAGGAGCUGCAGCGGCAAGCCUAGCGAGCUGCCGCUACCUCAAUCCAUCACGAACUCGAACACCUCACGUACAUAGAACCACAGUAGCUAGCUGCUAGUGACGUGGCCACUGAAUUAAUCAGUGUUGCUUAAUUUUUUCAUUAGAGCAGUAGAUGAUGAGAAAAUAAUCCUACGAGAUCUGAUCUCAUAUAUUUAUAA